AUGUAUGACGACUCCUACGUGCCCGGGUUUGAGGACUCGGAGGCGGGUUCAGCAGACUCCUACACCAGCCGCCCAUCUCUGGACUCAGACGUUUCCCUGGAGGAGGACCGGGAGAGUGCCCGGCGUGAAGUGGAGAGCCAGGCUCAGCAGCAGCUCGAAAGGGCCAAGCACAAACCUGUGGCAUUUGCUGUGAGGACCAAUGUCAGCUACUGUGGCGCACUGGACGAGGAGUGCCCAGUCCAGGGCUCUGGAGUCAACUUCGAGGCCAAAGAUUUUCUGCACAUUAAAGAGAAGUACAGCAAUGACUGGUGGAUCGGGCGCCUAGUGAAGGAGGGCGGGGACAUCGCCUUCAUCCCUAGCCCCCAGCGCCUGGAGAGCAUCCGGCUCAAACAGGAGCAGAAGGCCAGGAGAUCUGGGAACCCUUCCAGCCUGAGUGACAUAGGCAACCGGCGCUCCCCUCCUCCGUCUCUAGCCAAGCAGAAGCAAAAGCAGGCGGAACAUGUGCCCCCAUAUGAUGUGGUGCCCUCCAUGCGGCCUGUGGUGCUGGUGGGACCCUCUCUGAAAGGUUAUGAGGUCACAGACAUGAUGCAGAAGGCUCUAUUCGACUUCCUCAAACAUAGGUUUGAUGGCAGGAUCUCCAUCACGCGCGUCACAGCUGACCUCUCACUUGCAAAGCGAUCUGUGCUCAAUAAUCCCGGCAAGAGAACCAUCAUUGAGAGGUCCUCUGCCCGCUCCAGCAUUGCUGAAGUACAGAGUGAGAUCGAGCGCAUAUUCGAGCUGGCCAAAUCCCUGCAGCUAGUAGUGCUGGAUGCUGACACCAUCAACCACCCAGCGCAGCUGGCCAAGACCUCACUGGCCCCCAUCAUCGUCUUCGUCAAGGUGUCCUCACCGAAGGUCCUCCAGCGUCUCAUCCGCUCCCGGGGGAAGUCACAGAUGAAGCACCUGACUGUACAGAUGAUGGCGUAUGAUAAACUGGUUCAGUGCCCACCAGAGUCAUUUGAUGUGAUUCUGGAUGAGAACCAGCUGGAGGAUGCCUGUGAGCACCUGGCUGAGUACCUAGAAGUUUACUGGAGGGCCACCCACCACCCAGCCCCCGGCCCUGGACUGGGCCCUCCCAGCACCAUCACCGGACUUCAGAACCAACAGCUGCUGGGGGAGCGUGGCGAGGAGCACUCACCCCUGGAGCGGGACAGCUUGAUGCCCUCAGAUGAGGCCAGCGAGAGCUCCCGCCAAGCCUGGACAGGAUCUUCACAGCGUAGCUCCCGUCACCUGGAGGAGGACUAUGCAGAUGCCUACCAGGACCUGUACCAGCCUCACCGCCAACACACCUCGGGGCUGCCUAGUGCUAAUGGGCACGACCCCCAAGACCGGCUCCUAGCCCAGGACUCGGAGCACAACCACAAUGACCGGAACUGGCAGCGCAACCGGCCUUGGCCCAAAGAUAGCUACUGA